AAUAAAAGUUGUAAUUGAGUCUUAAUCAAUGUCUACAGGGGAUUGAAACUCAGAUUUAAAUCUGUUUUGAUUAUCGAUUACGAAUCUAUAAUUACUGGUAAUAUAAAUACAGUAUUCUGCGAGUAAGAGGUCAUUUUUAUUCAAGUUUUUGUUGCAAAAAUGAAGCUACUGUUCAUAGCUGCUCUUGCGAUUACUGCCUCAGUUUACGCUGGGGAGGUGAUUGAACCUGAGCACGACUACAUGUAUUUCCCUGACGGAGACGGAGUUCCUCAUCUGAUCGACCUGCUGAAAAAGGGUGAAGACCUGACCGGAUUUGAUUCGAGUGACUCCAUCCUUUCUCGCAACGUUGAAACCAUAACAUUCAAUCUAUUUACUCGCAACAACCCUAGGAAUUCUCAGCUUUUGGUUCUCAACUCCAUAUCCAGUGUGAGUAGCAGUAACUGGAGGAGUUCUCGCCCGACUCGAUUCAUCACUCACGGAUGGAGGUCUAACCAGAAUUCAGACGCCUGUGUUACCAUCCGCGAUGCCUAUCUGGCCGAAGGCGACUACAACGUGAUUGUGAUCGACUGGAGUUCAAUCGCCGGUGCUCUUUAUGUAAGCGCUUCAUCAAGCGUCAGAGGUGUUGCCGCCAGAGUUGGUCUGAUGAUCAACUUCCUCAGUACCAACGCCGGCCUCAAUGUAGCCACGACAAAACUGAUCGGACACUCUCUGGGUGCUCAUGUGUCCGGAAUUGCUGCCCGCAAUGCUCAGGGAACAAUCGAAGCUGUUGUAGGUCUCGACCCGGCGCUUCCUCUUUUCAACUCUGCUGGAGCUGGAUCCCGAAUUCACCAAACUGACGCUGACCAUGUCCAAAUCAUCCACACAAACGGAGGACUUCUUGGCAUCAUGGAUGCCAUUGGUGAUACCGACUUUUACCCAAACGGUGGCAGCAGUCAGCCUGGAUGCGGUCUGGACCUUGUCGGGAGCUGCGCCCAUUCCCGUGCCUAUUACUUCUUCGCAGAAUCCAUUAGGAACCCAACCGGUUUCCGUGCCACAGGAACACGUUCAAUGUACCUCGAAGCACUUGAGCGACACAACGAAGUAUACAUGGGUGGUAGAGUUUUUAACAAAUUCGCCAGUGGCAGCUUUACUCUUGAGACAGCCAGACAGUCUCCCUAUGCUUUAGGAUGAGCGGAAGCCUCGAUUUGAUUUUUAUAAAUGAGGUCAA